UUGGAGGAGGGUUUGCGAGCGUUGAAGAGGGGCUGAUGUCCACCUGUCUGUGGGUUCUGUGUGCGCAGGCGAAGUUGUCGAUGGCGCUGGUGAAGCAAAUCUUGCAGUUUCUCACGAGGCACUUCACCGAUGAAGGUCCUCACGACAAGGACCCUGGCCAGGGGUCGAGGUACUGGCUGUGCAACUACUGCGAGACUCGGUUCGUUGGCGCGAAGUCAGUCCUCAAGAGACACUUCUUGACGAAGUCCAGUAUCGAGCUUGUGAUCCGGCUGGGGAAACACCAGGCCAGUCUGAUCGAAGGCGCAACUGGUGGAAGUGGUGGUCCGAGCACAGGACCGUCUUCUAGCAGUUUCGUGCCUCCAGCAUCAUCAGCACAUAGGCCGAGUGAUGGUGAGACGUCCUCGCCUGCAGGAUCGGAGACAUGCUUCCCUCCUGCCCCUGGAAGUGGUGGACGGUCGGUGAGGCAGACUUUGCUUGAGGAGGCGGACAACAUCGUCACCCGGAACGAGCAGACGAGUCGGAAAAUGGAUCGGUGGCUGAUUUGCACAAAUCAGCCAUUCAGUAUGGUGGAAAACUACUACUUCCUUGACUUCCUCGAUGCCGUGAAGAAGUGCCAUCCCAGCUGGUGGCCUUGCAAGAGGGACGAUUCGAGGACAAAAAGGUUGGACGGGCAGUACAAAUUGGUGGGGGAAGACACGCGGUCACUGGUCAAGAGGUGGGAGAGAACAGGGUGCAUGCUCCAAAUGGACGGGUGGUCGGACCGGCGGAACAAACCGCACCUGAACGUCAUGGUGUCUUCCCCGGUCGGAACUGUGUUUUGGAAGUCGGUGUGCAUGGAGGGGAGGGAGAAGGACUCGAAAAUGUACUUCAAGUUGUUGGACGGGGUGAUCCAGGAGAUCGGCGCGGGGUCCAUUGUCGGCGUUGUGAUGGACAAUGCGAGGGUUUGCGCCAAAGCGGGGAAGAUGGUGGAGGCCAAGUACCCCGGUAUUUUCAGUGUGGGUUGCACAGCCCAUGCCUUGGAUCUGGCCCUGGAGGACAUGUACAAGUGCAUGGACUGGUUGAAGGUGGUCGUCGACAAGGGCAAUCAAGUUAGCAAGUUUUUCACGAACGUCGACAAGGUCCGCGCAAUGUACAACCGGAUCGCGAAUGCACAACUGAAACGACCGGCGGUCACAAGAUUCGCAACGAACUUUGAGAUGCUUCAGUCGCUGAAGGCGGGGAGGAAUCUGUUGGAGCUGUGUGUCUGCAAUGCCGCGUGGGUGGAGAAGUUGGUGAGGGGGGAGCAGGUGGCGGCAUUCAACGCCGUCACCCACAUCAUCAUGGAUACGAACGGCUUCUGGAAGGUUGUGGAUAAGGCCAUUGUGGUGAUGGAGCCAGUUGUCAAGCUCCUUCGUUUGGUGGACGGUCCAGGAGCAACAAUGAGCAAAGUGUAUUUCGGCAUGGACGCGGUUGUGGCAAGAAUGCGUACGUUGGAUUGCCUGUCGGAGGCCGAGAAGGCCGAUGUGGAGAAGAUUUUGAUGGACCGGUGGGCGUUCAUGACAUCAGAACUGCAUUGCGCGACCGCCUUCCUCGACCCCCAGUACAGGACGCACACCAUGCGAGACACGGAGAUUCGCGAGGGGUUCAACAUUUGGCUUUACUCGUGUGCGCCACCGGAGUUGCUGCGGGGAGAAAUCAGCAGACAGGUGGACACAUGUGGGUGCAGGGAUUGGCACUUUGGGGUCGCACAACGCAAGGGACCAAGCGAGUUCGAAGUCCCGGCGCUAUGGUGGGAGGCGUUCGGAGGGUCCUUGGACCUCCUCCAACCGCAGGCGAUCAAACUCCUUGGGCAGGCGAGCUCGUCGGCUGCAUGCGAGCGAAAUUGGAGCUUGCACCAACUCAUUUUCGGCCAACGCCGCACGAAGAUGUUGCCGGAGAGAUUGAACAAGCUGGUGUACAACAAUUGGAAUAUCCAAUUGUCGACGCGAAGAGAGCGAGGGGACGGGGAAAACGUGCACAUCCCGUGGAAGGACGAUGAGCUGGCAAGCAUGGAGGUGGAUGAGUGGUACGACGAAUGGGCUGCACAGGUUAGGGAAGGGACAACCGACGAUGUUGCUGCGAUGGAGGUCCGUGCGGACGAUUUCGAUGAUGCCCCGCUAGAGCGCACAUGGCUGCAGAACAAUGAGGAGGAGAACUUCGCGGAUGACGAAGACGAUAUCGCCGCACUUGGUUCGCUGGAGAGAACAUGGCACGCGAACACGAAGCCCGGGAAGCACCGGACGCGGGAGCUGCGCAGGAAGUUAGGUGUUCAAGAGCCCGAACCCGGGUUCGUGUACACGUUGGAGGGUCGUGACCGUGCAUUGAAGGCACGCCAAACCGGCGAAUGGGUGCAUGGGAGGGAGGAAGUGUCGGGGCGCGGGCGGCGCAAGAAGAAGGCAACGGCGUCGGACGUUGCCGAGGAACAGCCGGUUCAGAAACGAAAGAGGAAGGUCGCGGAGGAGGAUGCAGCACCAAAAAAGAAGAGAGGGCGGCCUCCACUUUCGCCCGCGAAGAAGGCUGCAAAUACAGCAGCACGUGCAGAGGCCGCAAGGGCUGCAGCAGCCGAGGUGGGAAGGCCUUCGAGGAAGAGAACGGCCGAGGUGAUCGAGGAUGACGAAGAAAAUCCGGGUGCCAGCCGGAAAAAGCAGUCUUCUUCAUCCUCGUCAUCGUCGUCCGAAGACAGUUCACUGCGGGAGGAGGAGGAAACGUCCCAGCAAUCGGACGAUAGUGGAGAGGCGGACGGCGAUGAGUCGGAUGAGGACAAGUCGCAGGCGGAGUCAGACGGGGAAGAACAGUCCGGGGAGGAGGAUGAGUAGACAUUUGCGAAUUAGUAUAGUGACGGUAGUGUGUCCUUGCGCGCUUUUGUGCUCCUGAAACAACAAACUUUGCAAACUCCG